UUUGACUUUUUUCCUCAUGUUUUUGAGAGAAAUCAAAACAAUUUGCUCAGGGUUUAAAGUAUUAAAGUCUUGUGAUAGACAUCCAAAUGCAGCACAAGAAAAUUAUGUUGAUCCAGGUUUCAAAGAGUUAAGGAUUUAAUAAUUUCCUUAACUUUAAACAAAAAUGUAGUCUUAAGGGUUAUCAUUUAGAAUGACGUGUCAGAACCAGAAUAUUGCUAAACCAAGAUUAUUUUCUGUUUUCUUAGAUGUAUAUAUUUAUUUAAAAUGAGCUCUCUGUAGUGCUUUAAGUAAGCCUUUAUCACACCUUGUUACCUGAAACAUGACCCACAUUUACCCUGUAAUCCAGAGGUUAUACUGUGACAGAGAGGGAGACAAUGAAACACUAAAGAAACAAAGAGCGCACGUUUUAGCCUGAGAUUGAAAAGAGACGACAACAUGGUGUAAUCCCUUUGGCUAGAGUUGCUGACAGGGGAUAACCCUUUUAAAAUGGCCCCUCUCUCCUGUCCUGUCCCAUCCCCUGCCUCGUGCCCUCUGUUCGCCCCCCCUGCAGCCCCUGCCUGUCUUUCUCCACACUGACUGACUGAACUGUUACUAUGCCCAGAAAGACACCUGCUCUCACAAACACAGGAAACCAGCACCUGACCAACACUGAGGAACUUCACUAACCCCCAAAGCACUCACGUUUUGUCCUCGAGCAGGACAACACUUAAAAGAAAAGAGACGUACACUGAGACCAGACCAUCUACAGCCCAUCCACUGCAGCACCAAGAACCCAACCCAGUGCUGGUAUCAUGAUUGAGAGUGACAGAGAGCUGUCGGCCAUGGUGCAGGAGCUGUGGGACAACGAUGUCAACAGACUCAAACCUGGAAAAGACUACAGGAUCUCUCUGCAGGGCAAAGCUGGAAACACCAUGGCCAUCAACGACAACAAUGAUGGAGCAGGAUAUCCUCUGUUUACAUUUGUUGAUGAGAACAUUUUUAAAAAGGAGACUUUUUUAGCCUUUAUCUCCCUGUUGGAUAACUAUGUGAGUGACACUGGCGAGCCAGAAAUUGUAACCCCCGAGGAGGUGGCAGAGAACCACAAAUUCCUGGACUCCAUCAUUAAGACUCCCACUAUGAAGAUAGCUCAUAAAUAUCUGGUAGAGAAGCACCUCUCUCCACAGGACGAGACAAAAUUCAAGGAGCAGCUGUACAGGAUCUGGUUUGAACUUUAUGCGAGGAGAGGAUCCAGCAGGCCAGACUCCUCUGGGUUUGAACACGUGUUUGUUGGGGAGACGAGAGGAGGGCGGACUGUCAUCGGCUUUCACAACUGGAUCCAGCUCUACCUACAAGAGAAGCUGGGACACAUCGAUUACAAAGGCUACAGCGUCGAUGCAAAUUCACCUCAGCCUGAUGAGAACAAACACAUCCUGGCACUACAGUUCAGCUGGAAGGACGGUAUAAAACCCAAGGGCAGCAUCUUCAUCGGCGUCAGUCCUGAGUUUGAGUUCGCCCUCUACACUCUCUGUUUCCUCACCUCACCCAACGAGCGUGUCAAAGUCCAGUUCAGUUUCUACGACGUGGAGAUUGUUUGCCACCACUACAACCAAAAGCACAUAGGUACCACUUACCCUGUGCUCAUUAGGUACCGGAUACCUACGCAGUAACCAGACUAGAAAUCAAUCUGAGAUACAGGUUCAACUUCUGCAACACUUGAGCUUGCAUCCAAAUUGUUGCAGGUAUUGUUGUUGUCUUUUUAUUUUAGAUAAAGAUACAAUAAAACCUUACAAGACUCA